ACAGAGGAUAUUCAUCCUACAAAAUGAAUCGCUUCUCUCUAUUAUAUGAUACAUUCUGCACAUAGACAUCAUACAAGCCUCACCCAAAACCAGGCUGUGGUAUAAAAGCAUCACAUUGUUCUAUCUAGACAAUUUCACUGAGAAAUUGAGCAUCAAAAGUUUACUGAUUACAAAGCAGACAAAAUCUUAAAUGAACUAAAGAGCUGGAUUAAGUGUCCUUUGUUUCCUUUCUACCAAACAAAUCUACAAUGGCAAGUGGUGAUUCAAAGGGGGGAAUUUGCACUGUUGGAGAUAUUUAUAUAUUCACAGUGAAUGUCAGUGAGUUUGCACCAGAAGAAGUUAUUGUAACCUCCACCAAUAAUUCUAUACGAGUAUGUGCAGAAAAGUUGGCAUCAGAUGGCACAAUUGUGGACGCUGUUUCUCAGAAGUGCCAAUUCCCUGCUGAUGUGGAUCCAAUGUCAGUCACAUCUUCAAUUGGGAAAGGUGGCGUGUUGAGUAUUAAAGCCCAAAAACACACAGCAAAGGGCCCGGUAAUCAUGGAUUCAAUCAAAGAAGUGAAGACCUAAUGCAUGCCAUGGGUGUAUGUUUGAGCAUUUUAGGAA